AUGUCUUGGUGGGGCGCUGCUGCAGCAACUGCAGCAGCAGCAGCAGCAGCAGCAGCAGCAGCAGCAGCAGCAGAGUUGCCGUUGCUCACCUUGGCGCAUAGUUCACAUACCGAGGACAAUGAGCACAUUCAUCAUCUACAUGAUGCACGUCAGCUGCAGCAGCUGCAGCAGCAGGAGCAGCAGGACCUGCAACUGCAGCAGGAGCAGCAAGACCAGCAGCAGCAGCAGCAGCAGCAAGGGGAUGAUGAGCAGCAGCACGAGUUCCCUGUAUGGGCAUCUAAACUCUUUGCUGUAUUUGUAUUAACAGCUGUAUCUGCAUGCGGCGCUUUCUUACCUUUUUAUCUGCAGCGUAAGGCAGCAGCAAAUGCGCAGCAGCAGCAGCAGCAACUGCAGCAACAGCAGCAGCAAAAUCAAGGAGGUAUACGCAGCAGCAGCAGCAGAAGUGGAUCUUGGGUCCAAGUUAUGCUCGUAUUCCUUAACUGCUUUGCAUGCGAUGGUCAUCAUGACGGCUCGUCGUGUUCAGAUUCGAGUUCUGUUGCUGCUGAGGAGGCUGCUGCUGCUGCUGCUGCAGCAGCAGCAGCAUUACCUCAUCCAGCUCAUUUGCAUGCGCAGCAGCACGGUGCAUGCAGCGAAGCAGCAUAUUGCCCUGAAUGUGAUGAUUGUGUAGAGGCGCAUACAGCAGCAAAUGAGCAAGACAUUAGCUGCCCUCAGCGUGCUGCUGCUGCUGCUGCUGUUGUUGCUGCAGCAGCUGCUGCUGCAGCUGCAGCAGCAGCAACAGGUGGAGGUAAUAUUAGCGAAAAAGGAGACAUCAUCACUACGCAGCAGCAAAUGCAGCAUACUAUCCCCAAAGCAGAGGGACAAGGUGCUCUUGUUGCUGCUGCUGCAGCAGCAGCAGCAGCAACAACAAAAGGUACAGGGGGAGGAGCAGCAGCUGCAGCAGCAGCAGGAGCAGGACAACAACGUGGCUGCAGCAGCAACAGCAGCAGCUGCUGCUGCAGCAGCAAGAUGAAUGCAUGCCCUUCUAGGGGAGGGGACAGUUGUCCUUCAGGACGAGGAAACUUUGCUGCAGGACCAGGGGCACUAGACAACCAGGCAUGUUCGGAUGAGGCGCAUUUGCUGCAUAAGCUGCAGCAGCAACAUCAGCAGCAGCAGCAGCAGCAGCACGGGAGGGGAGCAGCAAGAGGGGGAUCUAAGGUACCUCUUGCUGCUGCCUUAGGGACGCAUGCAUUUCUUGAAGCAAUAGUGGUGGGUAUGACGCGCAGCAACGCGGAUGUAUGGAUAGCAGCAUUAGCUGUCUUAGGUCAUAAAGGAGCAGAGGCCGUCGCCUUAGCAUCCGCAUUCGUUAAAGCUAGAGCUGGUUAUCUGCAUGACAAUGAAUAUACACAACUGUUGUCUCCUCCUCUCCUCAUCUUUAUCAUUUUAAAAAUUUAA